CGGGCUCCGGCUGCAGGUAGAGAGGGAGGGAGGGAGAGAGGCCAGGCCGGCCGUCCCGCCCCUGGGCCACAGCCCGCCUCGCCCGAUUAUGUCACCCGUGUUCAAAACAAAGUUAGGAAAGUGGUUUCAGCCUUUCCGCGGUCUCGCUUCCAGCCCGGGGAGCGCCGGCCGGGCCAGCCCCAGGGGCCGGCGCCUGCGGCAGGCACAGGUUUCAGAUCAGAAUUUAUGGGUAAAUGGGAUAGCAGCAUCCCAGGAUAUUCCUGAGCUGAGUUUGUUGCCAUGGACAGAAUAAAAGGAGACUACCCCAGUCCUGUGCAAACAGGAGAUGCAGAGAGGAGCGGGACUGGAGAACAAGACCCAGACCUAACUGUGCUGGGAAAAGCACAAGAAUUCUUUCAGAUUUGUGAUCUGGAAGGCAAAGGCUUCGUCACUCGUCAAGACAUGCAGAGACUGCAUCCUGAGUUACCUCUUAGCCUGGAAGAACUUGAAAAAGUUUUUGUUACAUUGGAUGCUGAUGGCAAUGGCUCACUUACCCCAAAGGAGUUCAUCACAGGAUUCAGCCAAUUUCUUUUGGAGCAGAUUGCUUUGAAAAAUGACAUGGGGCAACCAUCAGAAGGUGAAACAGCCUGCCCAGUUAGAUAUGAAGAGACCAUGACUGGUGAUGAGGAUGAAGAAUUCCAGUUCUCAAAUCUCAUGGAUCGGCUUGGAGCUGCAAAGGUUUUGGAUGAUGAGACUGAUGUGAAGCAACUUUGGUUGCAGCUAAGAAAAGACGAACCUCAUUUACUUUCCAAUUUUGAAGAGUUCCUGGUCAGAAUUUUUUCCCAGCUCCAAGAAGCAGAUAAUGAAAAGAAUGAGUUGGAAUGUGCUCUAAAAAAGAAGAUUGCUGCUUAUGAUGAAGAAAUUCAACAUCUCUAUGAGGAAAUGGAACAGCAAAUCAAAAAGGAGAAGGAGCAGUUUCUCUUGAAAGACACAGAGAGGUUUCAAUCCCACAGUCAAGAGCUGGAGCGCAAGCUGCUGUCAAAAGAACAAGAACUGGAACAGUUGGUUCAAAAACAGAAAAGGUUAGAGCAUCAGUGUACACAACUCCUCAGUGGCAAAGAAGAAACCAAAGUAGAGAACACCAAGCUGAAGCUGACUAACCAGGAGCUGCUGAGAGACCUGGAGAGAACAUCCCGUGAGCUGAGCCUGGCUCAACAGCAGCUACAGGUGCUUCAGGAGGAGGCAUCAAGGCUCCAUGAGGAGAAGGAAAUGGAGGUGUACCGGGUGACAGAAACCUUACAGAGAGAGAAGUCAGGACUUUUGAAGCAGCUGGAUUUUUUAAGAGAGAGGAACAAACAUCUCAAGGAUGAACGUGACAUAUUUUUGCAGAAAUGCAAAACAACUGUUCCAAAAGCCAGCUGGAAGCAAAGAUCAGGGUCUAUCAUUGGGAAAUACAUAGAGGGCAAGGUGCUGCCAAACAGCCAUUCAUUUGAAGAAGAUGAUAUUUUCAGUAACUCAAAGAGAAGGAAUUCUGCUGGACUGAAUGGAGUUCUCUCUGAAGAGCCUGAUGCUGGAGUCACUGGAGGAAUGCCUAAAACGUCACAUCUCCAAAGAAUAAUAUCAAUUGAAGAAGAUCACCUACCCCAGCUUCUUGACAGGCUGGUUGAUAAGCAGCUGAGCAGAUGGACUGGAGAAGAUGAAAAUACUUUCGAUACAGAAAUGAGUAACAGAUCCAGAGAGCAAUCAAUGGAACACUCAUCAUCAUCUUCUAGAGAAGAGCCUGUAGGGAAGGAAACACUGUCAAAUGAGGAGAGAAUAAACUCUGUUCCAGAGCGCUUAUUCAAGAUCGUUUUUGUGGGCAAUUCGAGUGUUGGAAAGACUUCAUUCUUAAGAAGAUUUUGUGAAGAUCGCUUUUUCCCAGGCACAGCUGCUACUGUAGGUGUGGAUUACAACGUGAGAACUAUCACAGUAGAUCACACCCAGGUAGCGCUGCAGCUCUGGGACACAGCUGGCCAGGAACGGUACCGCAGCAUUACCAAGCAGUUUUUCAGAAAAGCUGAUGGUGUCAUUGUGAUGUAUGACAUAACAGCAAAAGACACAUUCACAGCUGUCAAGCAAUGGCUGAUAAGCAUUGAGGAGGCAACUGGGGAGAAUGUGCCUGUUCUUUUGUUGGGUAACAAAACCGAUAACGAAAAGGAGCGCGAGGUCCCCAUGGGAAUGGGAGACCAUCUUGCAAAGGAUUACAAUUUAAUUUUCUAUGAAUGCAGUGCAUAUUCUGGGUACAAUGUGGAAAAGUCCGUGCUUCACUUAGCUAGGAUUUUAAAAGAACAUGAAGAUAAAGUGAAAGAGAAAACCAUCGACCUUCAAUCUGAUACGAAUAAAAAGUCAUGCUGUAUGAGGCAAUAAAAUGCUGAGGCAUGUUUAGACAAGCCAUACAUUUAUACAACACUACCUGGCACUAUCAGAUUUGCUUUUAUCUUCCAAAUAUUUCUUCUGCUGUGUUCUGACUGUAGGUGUAAGUGAAAGUUGAAAUCUUUAUAUGAUCUGAUCUUGCUUUUAUAAAUAUUGUCUUUAGUUAAUUGACAGUGUAUUUGGGGCAGUAACAGUCUUUUAUUCUGUUUGAUGCCUAACACCACUGAAUCCUGCUUUGUCAUCAGGCUUGUAAAAGCUGCCACAUUAUUAAUAAGAAGAAAUAAUUUUAUGGGAAGAAAACUAUUUUGAAUAUGAAGUAAAUUCCUACUUGUGUGAAUAACCCAUCCUCUGAAUACUGCUUAUUUCAUUUCUGUUCAGAUCCUUAAAUCCUGAUUUUGUGCUAAGCUCUCUUUACACUUUUUUCAAAAUUGCCAUAGGUGUAGUUGUUUGUAGUUCAAAACAUGUUAAGGCUGACUGAACAGCUCUUUGUCUCCAAAAGUCUGCCACAGGAGGUGCCAUAGAAAAUUUUGGAGGUGGAAUUUUCAGAAACAGAGGAUCUUAUUUUGAGGAAGAUUUUGAAAAACUUACAACAUUUAAUGAGUGAAAAAUCUGACUGAAAUUCAGUGAGAUAUUGCUCUUUUAGCAAUGCUUAGAAAAAAUUCCUCUUCAUGUCGCUAAACACAUGACUGCUUUUUCAAAAGCAGCUGCCACACAACAUUCCUCCAGGGUCUCAUAGCACUGAGACACAUUUUAUCCAUGGGGAUGCAUUUUAGAAAAUCAUGGCCCACCCUGGAUCAUAAGAAGUGCAGAUGUCAAUUAUCUUUGGAAGCUUUUGUGGAAUAAAAAUGGAAAUAAGGAACUUUGGAGUGCAUCACACAGCCACCACAUGAUCAACAAUUAUUUCUGGUGGGAUAUGUCUUCACUGCAUCCAGCUAUUGUGAUCAAGACUGAAGCUUGCUGAUGAAAACGUGCAUGUACACAACUCCUGUGACUUGCAGUGCUCUCUUUCUCUCACUCUGCCCUACACCUCUCCCCAGGAUCAAGCAGAAAAUAAGGUUUAAUGAAAAGAUUGGAUGUCCUGCAGCUACGGGGCACAAGGCUCAUUCAGAUAAAUUCUGACCAGCAACUUGCCUGCAUAAAACUGGUCCCUUUUAUUCUACCUUCUCUUGAUUUUUUUCAUGCUUAUUCUUCUUCCAUCUACCCUGACCCCUCCCUUUCUCUGUCCUUCAUAUCCCAAAGAAACAACUUGUCCCUAGUUGCCUUUUCCCUGUUAGUCCCAGGUUUUCUUUUUUAUCUGUACCCACGUAGCUAUUUCUUCUACCAUUUCCUGAGUCACCUUGACUUUAGAUGCUGUUAUUGAUACAGUUACUGAGGUGCUGCUUGCAAGUUUCCACUCUCAAAAGAGUCCCAACUAUUCCCCUCCAAUUAUUUGUGAGGUUACUGUGUAACUCCCCCUUACCCACCUGGGAAAUCCAGGCACUGCUCACAGUUCUGUCUGUAACAACUUACAGCUUCUCAACCUGUUAUUUGCAGUGUUCAGAGUUGCUUGUGUCAUGUGCAGGGUUUCUCAUGGUCUGUUUGGUUAUCUAAACCUCAGGUCAGGGCUUAUUCACCUGCUGGCACACCUGAACAAACAGCAGUUGCUGGUGAACUUGUGCUCACUGAAGACAGGUAUGAAUAACAUGCCACAAGGCUCUACUCCUGAACAGAUUCUGCUGUCCAGCUGGCCAUCAAACUGGUGUGGGAAUUGUCAGGUUCCCACAUUCCUUGAUGCUAACUGUAUUGCUGGAUUGCUGUCUUCUGACUCUCCAGCAGGGUUUUAUACCUCCUGGCAGUAUUUUUCUCAGCUCUUCAGAAAGUUAAUACUGGCUUAACAGAAGUGAAGCUUCCUUUUCCUCUUUUCUUAUUUUUCUCCAUUUUUCCAUUUCAAUUCCCCGUUGGGAGAAAUGUAUCUCUGCCUGGUCAGGUACCGAAUACUGACAGAUCUUUGGAUAUGCACAACAUAAAGUCCAUUUGUAUGGAUGUAACAGAGUGCUCCUAACCCUUUGGAACUGGACAUCCAUGAAUUGCUGUGUGCCAGUCAAAACAGGUUCCAGUCUGCCUAGAUGUGAAUGGAGCAACAGUGGAAAAAAAUCAUUGCACAAUAUAACCUCCCUGACAGAAGUGUACAGCACCUCCUCACAUACCAGUUUUAAGGAGUGAUGUACAGAUGUUAAAAUGGGAAUGCUCCACAUACAAGGAAUAUGUGAGGAACAGACCACACUGAAGCAAGUUUGCCUCUGAAAGGACUGCAGUCAGUGGUCACACCCCAUGCUGGAGCAGGGACAAAUGAGGAUGAGGACAACUGGCAUCCCGAAGCCCAGGACAACCAGGAGCAUUGGGAUUGAAUGGCUGAAACCAUAUUAUUUGGGUUGGCAGAAAGCUUACACACAGCCCCACAACUUCCUGUGCUGCCUGUUGGCUCCCUGGACAAAUUCUGACGGAGUUGACCUCGUAGUGGAAAAAAAGGAAACUGAAACUCAGGAGCAGAGGAGAGAAAGAAUGUACAUGAAUACAUUUGUCUAAUGGUUUUUACACUCUUUUUCUUUCCCCAGAACCUCAAUCAUUGAUAAAAGAUUUGUGUACUUUGGUAGUAAAUUAGCUCAAGUAAAAUUUCCCAACUCGGGACCAUUUUUGUUUUCAACAUCCGUAUAUUGGCAGAAUUUUCUACCAUGUGAGAUCAUUUUGGAAUAAAUCCACUUUAUCAUCUGCGCAAAUGGAAGCUUGUUUUAGAAAGCAGAAACAUGCUCAUAAAGCUCAUCAGUGGCAACUUCCUGAAUUCAUCCACAGCUGUUGAAAUAAUGGGUCUUUUUUGAUUAUUGAAAUUACAGGAAUUGCAAUAGCACUCACAUACACUUCUGGAAAAAGAAGGGAAUUGGGCACUUUGGCCUGUUCACACAUCAAGCAACUGAAGUUCUUUUAAUAUGAAGCUAGUAAAAGGCACCUGGUAAUUGUCUGAUGAAAAUAGGCUUCUCAAGGGGAAAAAAACCCCAGUAGGUUAACUUUACAGGGCAUGUAUGAAAGUUCAUUUCUAUUACUAAUCUGAAAUAUUGUAUGCAGUGACACUGAAUCCUCCCAAAUGUACUUGAAUUUGAAGGACAGUGGAUUAGUCAGAUGAGCAUUGCUUAUUUCCUUUCAAACACUGAAGAGGGAAGAGUUUCAGACAAGUCCAGCUAUAUUGGACAGCUGUGUUUAGCUUCUGCAGUUUUCAGUGCCUUUUCUGCCACAUGCUUCUCCUGAGCACAACAAUCAUUACAAGAAAAAACCCAGAUUCAGAGGAGCUUUCUCACUGGAAAUGUCUGGUUUUCAUGGGUUGAACAGGGAGGGAGUAGGGAAUCCUGUGGAACUGAGACAUUCUAGUAACACAUGUGGCUCUGAAUCUUACUCAAGCACUCUCAUUACUUGAGGUGCUGUUUGUGUGUGUCUGGGUAAUGAACAGUGAAGACCCUGCUGUGUUUUGUGUGGCUGAUGGCAUUUAUGUGUUGUGUCUGCAUCUUCACUUUUGCAGUAGGUACUCAGCUCAGAUUUUGGCUGGACUCGAAGCAGUGAAGAGCAGCAGCCACACCUGCCAUCCCUCUAUGACAUACCGUGUUGUGCCUGGUGUUCUGUCUUGUGUCAUCUUUGCCUCAUGUUGUGAGAGCCAUGUUCUUUUGCUCAGAGCAUACAUAAUAUGCUUUUUUAGGUUUUGUGUCACAGUAUCCAGCUUAUUUUUUUUUUUUUUUUCUGUCUUCUUAAUGACCUCAUUGUAAAGUGGGUAUUACCAGCUUUGG